UAAUAAUAAAUUUAGGAGAAGAAAUCCAGGAAUGAAUCAAGUGAAGAGGAAAAGAUUAAAAGGAAACACAAGAAGAAGUAGAAAAGAAGGGGGUUUUGUGGUGUGCGUGAUUCCAUUCUGAUUUCAUUUUCAGGCAUAAAUUUGUGUUGAAUGUUAGCAUCAAUAACGCGUGAUUUUGGAGUCUGUUCAGAUGUCUAAAGCAACUGACGUGGAAAACCCUAGUGAUAAUCCCACUGUUCAAAAGGGUGUGAAUGUGAAUGUGAAUUCGAGUAAUGGUGAAGGAAAUUGGUACACUGCAUUGGUGCAUCAAAUUUCAGUGUAUGGUGUUGCUGCUGGGUAUUGCUUAUCUGCUUCUUUGCUUUCCAUAAUCAACAAAUGGGCAGUGAUGAAAUUCCCCUACCCGGGUGCCCUGACCGCCCUGCAGUACUUCACCAGCGCCGCCGGGGUCUUCCUCUGCGGCCGGAUGAAGCUCCUGGAGCAUGACCCCCUUGAGCUUUUCACAAUGUGGCGGUUUUUGCCGGCGGCAAUAAUAUUUUACUUGUCGCUUUUCACCAAUAGUGAGUUGCUCCUCCAUGCCAAUGUUGACACAUUCAUAGUGUUCCGAUCUGUUGUGCCUUUGUUUGUUGCGGUAGGGGAGACGCUGUUCCUGCACCAGCCGUGGCCGUCCGGGAAGACGUGGGCCUCCCUGGCCACAAUCUUUGCCGGCAGUGUGCUCUAUGUGCUCACAGAUUAUCAGUUUACUUUCAUGGCUUACACCUGGGCAUUGGCCUACUUGGUUAGCAUGACCAUAGAUUUUGUUUACAUAAAGCAUGUGGUUAUGACCAUUGGCUUGAACACGUGGGGCCUUGUGCUGUACAAUAAUCUUGAGGCUCUUCUGCUUUUUCCCCUGGAGCUGCUGAUUAUGGGUGAGCUAAAGAAGAUUAAGCAUGAGAUCCAAGAAGAGUCUGAUUGGCACACAUUCCAAGUCAUUUUGCCAGUGGGAUUGUCGUGUCUGUUUGGUCUGGCAAUCUCUUUCUUUGGAUUUUCUUGUCGCAGGGCAAUUUCUGCCACAGGUUUUACUGUCCUUGGUAUAGUGAACAAGUUGUUAACGGUUAUUAUCAAUUUGGUAAUAUGGGACAAGCAUUCCUCAUGGGUGGGUACAGUGGGUCUUCUGAUUUGUAUGCUGGGUGGGAUUCUGUAUCAGCAAUCAGCAAGCAAGCCGAAGGCUGCAAAACAGGCGAGUGAACAGGAAAAUGAAGAGGAGCAACAGAAAUUGCUUGAGAUGCAAGUCAAUUCAGAGACCAACGUAAAAAGUAAUGAAGUUAGUAAAUAAAGGGAGGAAAGCUGAAAUUAUUUUCACGUAGGACGAUUUCAUAUUUCCUUUCAAGUGUAUGUUUGUUUACAGGUAUUUGGUAUAAAUUAUGCUAUCUUUUUUUGUAACUGCCAAUUCAUGAUUCUUUACUACGCUGUCUCCUUGAAUGGCAAGCUUAUUGGCAUCCUCGUAUGUAGGGUUUUAUUUACUUUAGUGGCUGUCAUGUAAAAUCUAUUAUUUAUGUACUUGAUAGAUAAAAGGUUAUUCAAUUUGUUUCAAAUCUCA